GCGCCGCCGCUUGCGCUUCUGCCACUUCGCGGGAGAAGUUGUUGGCGCCAAUGGAUCCCGAGCGCCGAUAACGGAUUCCCCCAGCUGAGGGCCUGCCCACCUGCUCCUCUUCCGUCUUCGGGGCUGCGAUGGACAUCCGGAAAUUCUUUGGGGUUAUAUCAAGUGGGAAAAAGCCUGUAAGUGAGCCUGGAAAGAAGAAUGAGAAGAUAAAACCUUCGGAGGGAACUGUCAAAGGAAAGAAAGGAGCAAAGGAAGUCAAGGUUAAUAACUCCAGUAAAGAGGAUGUCUCCAAACCAAAGCAGCACAAGAGGAAGAGGAUCAUCUAUGACUCAGAUUCAGAAUCAGAGGAGACAGUGCAGGUGAAAAAUGCUAAAAAGAAAUCAGAAAAAUUGCCACUGUCUUCUAAACCUGGUAAAAUUCCUCAGAAGGAUCCUGUUACUUACAUUUCUGAGACAGAUGAAGACGAUGACUUUGUAUGUAAAAAGGCAGCCUCCAAAUCCAAAGAGAAUGGAGUAUCUACGAAUGAAGGUUACCUUGGGGCAUCGACCGGGAAAAAGAAUGAAGGAGGCACUAAGACCAAGAACAAACCUUUGUCACCAAUAAAGCUUACACCAACAUCGGUGCUCGAUUAUUUUGGAACCGAAAGUGUCCAGAGAUCUGGAAAGAAGAUGGUGGCAAGCAGAAGAAAAGAGUCUUCUCAAAACAUGGAUGAUUCCAGGUUAAAUGAUGAGGCCAUUGCCAAGCAGUUGCAGCUUGAUGAAGAUGCAGAGCUGGAGAGGCAGUUGCAUGAAGAUGAAGAAUUUGCUCGAACAUUAGCCAUGUUGGAUGAAGAACCCAAGACCAACAAGGCCGGAAAGAACCCUGAAGAGGGAGAGUCAUUUUCACCUGUGCAAGCCGAUUUAAGCAAAGCAGAAAACCAUAAAAGCCCUGAUAAAGCAGAGCACUUCUUAAAUGAAAGAAAGCUGGGCAGUCCUGCUAAGCACAGCAGGGGUGGGCGCUCCAGAGGGUCGACGCAGCUCUGCGGAUCGCCAGCUCACCAGAGGGAAGCCUGUUCCUCUCCCAAGGUCAGCUCCAAGCUGGCACUUAUGAAAGCAAAAGAAGAAAGUUCCUCCAGAGACACAGAGCUGACAGCCUCGAAAAGAAAAGAAAACGCCAUUGAACUCAAAGGAGAGAAACAGACUCCUAAGAAAACCAAAAGUUCUCCAGCUAAAAAAGAGUCUGUAAGUCCAGAAGAUUCUGAAAAGAAGCGCACUAACUAUCAAGCUUAUCGCAGCUACUUAAAUCGAGAAGGCCCCAAAGCUCUGGGCUCCAAAGAAAUACCCAAGGGAGCUGAAAAUUGCUUGGAAGGCCUGACAUUUGUGAUCACAGGCGUGCUGGAGUCCAUUGAACGAGAAGAAGCCAAGUCUCUAAUUGAACGUUAUGGGGGGAAGGUAACAGGAAAUGUGAGCAAGAAAACCAACUAUCUCGUCAUGGGUCGGGACAGCGGACAGUCCAAGAGUGACAAGGCAGCAGCUCUGGGAACAAAAAUCCUUGAUGAAGAUGGUCUGUUGGAUCUGAUUCGAACUAUGCCAGGCAAGAAAUCCAAGUAUGAAAUAGCUGCUGAAGCUGAGAUGAAGAAAGAAAAGUCCAAAUUGGAGCGAACACCCAAAAAAAAUGACCAGGGAAAAAGAAAAAUUAGUCCAGCUAAGAAGGAGUCAGAGUCUAAAAAGAGCAAACUGACCCCCCCUAAGGAGAGCCCUGCAAAGGCCACCAAGAAGGAAGCAAAUGUGUUUCGGAGGGGCCUGGACUUCACGGAGCAGGGAGUCGAGGCUCGGCGUCUGGCUGAGGACCGCAGUGGGGACCAAGUGGAGAGCCUGCUCUGGGUGGAUAAGUACAAGCCCACCUCCCUCAAGAACAUAGUCGGACAGCAGGGUGACCAGAGCUGCGCCAACAAGCUGCUGCGCUGGCUGAGAAACUGGCACACGAGUUCUCCCGCAGAGAGGAAACACGCAGCAAAAUUUGGCAAACUUUCCAGCAAAGAUGAUGGUUCCAGUUUCAAGGCAGCACUGCUGUCUGGCCCGCCGGGGGUUGGCAAAACCACUACUGCUUCUCUUGUGUGUCAGGAAUUGGGCUACAGUUUCGUGGAACUAAAUGCAAGCGACACUCGGAGCAAGAACAGUUUGAAAGCAGUUAUUGCUGAAUCCUUGAACAACACCAGCAUCAAAGGCUUUUAUACAAGUGGAGCAACUCCUUCGGUAAGCUCGAAGCAUGCUCUCAUCAUGGAUGAGGUCGACGGCAUGGCCGGCAGUGAGGACAGGGGUGGAAUUCAGGAACUAAUAGGCCUGAUAAAGCAUACUAAAAUUCCCAUCAUUUGUAUGUGCAAUGAUAGAAAUCACCCCAAAAUUCGCUCUUUGGUUCAUUAUUGUUUUGAUCUUCGCUUCCAAAGACCCCGGGUUGAACAGAUUAAGAGUGCAAUGCUGUCUAUUGCAUUUAAAGAGGGUUUAAAGAUCCCCCCUCCAGCUAUGAAUGAAAUAAUUUUGGGAGCUAAUCAAGAUGUCAGACAGGUUUUACAUAAUAUGAGCAUGUGGUGCGCACAGAGUAAGGCACUGACCUACGACCAAGCCAAGGCUGACUCUCAGAGGGCCAAGAAGGACAUCAAACUGGGUCCAUUUGAUGUUGCCCGGAAAGUGUUUGCAGCUGGAGAGGAGACUGCACACAUGUCGCUGAUGGACAAAUCGGAUCUCUUUUUCCAUGACUAUUCCAUAGCCCCCCUCUUUGUCCAGGAGAACUACCUCCACGUAAAGCCUGUGGCUGCAGGGGGUGACAUGAAGAAGCACCUGAUGCUUUUAAGCCGGGCCGCAGACAGCAUAUGUGACGGUGACUUAGUGGACAGUCAGAUCCGGAGUAAGCAAAACUGGAGUCUUCUGCCCACACAGGCCAUUUAUGCCAGUGUUCUUCCUGGAGAGUUGAUGAGAGGCUACAUGACUCAGUUUCCCUCCUUCCCAAGCUGGCUGGGGAAGUACUCAUCCACGGGCAAACAUGAUCGGAUUGUUCAGGACCUGGCCUUGCACAUGAGUCUCAGAACUUACUCCAGCAAAAGGACAGUGAACAUGGAUUACCUGUCACACAUCAGAGAUGCACUUGUGCGACCCUUGGCCUCACAAGGGGUAGAAGGAGUUCAGCAUGUUGUCGCACUUAUGGACACGUACUAUUUGAUGAGAGAAGACUUUGAGAAUAUCAUGGAAGUUAGCAGCUGGGGGGGCCAGCCCAGUCCCUUUUCCAGGCUGGAUCCCAAGGUGAAAGCAGCCUUCACAAGAGCUUAUAAUAAGGAGGUCCAUCUGACCCCCUACUCACUUCAGGUAGUAAAGACAUCGAGACUCAGCACAGGCCCAGCACUGGAUUCUGAAUACCAUGAAGAGUUACAGGAAGAAGACAGCCAGUCUGACGAGAAGGAGCAGGAUGCAAUAGAGACUGAUGCCAUGAUCAAGAAAAAGACAAGAUCUUCAAAGCCUUCCAAACCAGAAAAAGACAAGGAGUCCAAAAAAGGAAAAGGAAGAAGUUGGAAGAAAUGAAACCGUUGUUCAGUACUAAUAGCUGCUUUUCACUUACCCUCUCGACUAGUCCAGCUGGUCUAGAGAACAGAAGCCUUCCCCUUUGCCAGAGUAACCAUGUGUAGCACAGUGGGGGGCUGGUGGUCCCAUUAUAAAGGACGGUACAGAUAGACGGGCUGACGAGCCAGCCUAAUGCGCCUCUUACAGAGGUACAUAGACUGCUCCAGCCCGCACUGCCCUUGCCAAACAAAUUCGGUCGCUGGGGUUCAGUGACCAUACACUCAAAACUCGAGUCCACACACAGGCUCUGGAGCUGGGUGUUAGUUAACCAUAGCCAGUCUGGGCAGUGGAACGGAGGCAUCUUUGUAGAUUAACAGUUUCUCCUAAUGGCCGUUAGGACCAGUGCUGAUUUUUUUUUUUUUUUUUUAAACAUGGUAGUUCUUAUUUUAUGGUAAAAUCCUGUAAAUAAACCUUAAUACAAAGCAGCCACACCUGCAGCUGAGUAUUCUUGGUCCAUUGUCAGGUACCUUACAGAGUUUGAAUCAGGAACCAAAUGUCCAUGUAAUGCAUGGCUCAUUCUUAAGAUUGUCGUCUUGUACAGUCACAUGUUAUGUUUCCUUAUUACUUUGGUUAGAUGAAAGCAUUCGGCAUUACCCUGUGAACUGAAGUUCUGCAGGUGUAGAGCGCGAGUCCCAGCAUCCUUUGCACUGACUACAUUGCUGCUGUAGUCUCAGAGAGGCUCCUUGGCUAGCUGGGUGUGCAGACACUGGACUGCCACACAUUACUGUCUUCCUGCAGUCUCAACCUUCAGGUGGAAACCAGUAGCGUCUAGGAUGGGUCAGAUUCACAGGUCCAUUAUGGCCGGGAGGUGCUGUCCUGUCAUGGAGUUCAUAUCCCCCCUGAAGUUUCAGAUGUAUCUAGAACUGUGCUGGUUGAAGGACCCUGGGGCCAUGGAUGUAACCUGGCCUUUAGGUGUUUAACUUUUUAAAUCAGCAAGUGCGCAGAGGACUAUGCUGCCUCUGUGAGGUAUAUGCCAAAAAGAAUACAAAGCCUUUAAGGAUGCAUGGCCUUGUUGGGAGAGGAGACAGAGUCCUGAAGACAUUGCAAGUGUAUUAACUAGUGUGAAAAAGUGUGUUUCAUGGAAAUCGAUUCAUUAUGGAAAUAAACUGCCCUGAAGCCUAAGCCUCCGAGUCCUGCCCUCUCCUCUCUGUUGACACUUGGCUGCUGCACUGACGGUUUCCCCACUAGAGGAGACUCGAGUGCACAUUCAUCCAUGCAAGUCACGCCUCCUCAGACGGACAGACAUUCCAGGAAAGGCCCAGUCUUCUGCUUGAUUUCAGAACAAAAAAAGUGGUGUUUCCUUAUUUAAUAUAGUUAUAAUUUCAAUUACGAGUCCUGUGAGCAAGCUGUAAAGACAGUUUCUUUUAGAGUUAGAAACGAGAUGUAUUGUUUAACACAGGAGGCUAGCCGUGGUGGUCUGUGGAGUCCUUUGAAGCCCUCCUAAAAACAUGACGUGAAGGCUGCAGAUUAAAGGCAGGCAGCUGUGAACGCCGUAGAGUUGGAUGAGGACCUCAAUGUCCUUGUUGGGAUUGAAUCUCCUGGAAGCUCCUGAAGUGGCCUAGGGGCCCCUUGCUGCCCAAGUGGGGAGUACCGGGUCAUGGCCAUUUGGAUGGCUGUCUUGCAGACCGUUCCCCUCAGUUCCUUUUGAUAACUUUUGGCAUGAUUUGUUGACUUCUUGAAGUUAUAAAUUAAUGACUUACUGAUGUUCUAGAACAAUUGUGCUCACAAGUGAAAGCUGAGGCCCAUAAAUCCCAGAAUACAACAUGCUUGGCUUCAUAGAUGCCAGGUGGCUGUGACUUUUCCUCAGUGGUGUGAGGAGGUAGCAGGAAGCUUGGGACUGGGUGACCUUUCCUUAAGUUGUACUGCUUAGUGAGGCCCCAAGAAGACAGACAAAGUGGAGGGAUGAAGGUGGGCUACUUGGACGCCAGAAAACAUUGCUAGCACUUUGGGCCCAGGUGCUAUAGUUAACGCACAGUGGCUGGCUCCUGUAUGCAAACCACCUGAUGCGGGUGCCUCCCAUGCCUGUGGGCUCUUCAGCCUGGGGCACCGGCCAUAGGUCAUGGUGAGGAAGUGCAUAAGUACAGACUUCUGCAAGUGAGUGUGGCCUGUGCAGUAUCAGAAGAGUCUUCAGCUCUGGGAAGAUAACAAUUUAUGUUUCCGGGGAAACCAAAGGAGUUAAUUUUGCAGUAGGAAUUCCAUUGUCAGCAGAAUAAGCAGACAGAUAGUACGUUUAUUCACUUUGUAGACAUGAAUUGUUUUUGGUGUUUGGUUCAAGGGACAGACCCCGAAGUGUUCUGUCUGUCCUGGCCAGACUUUAUAAGGGCUCCAAGCCACGUCCUUCACCACUUUCUCUAUACAAAUCCAGGGAAAUGUCACAAAUCUAGUCAACAAGUUUAUUUUAAAGGAGAUAAAUAAAAAAGUUAUUAGAAAACUGGGUAUUUACAAUGACUAUAACAGUGGAGCGCACACUGUGCAGGACUUUGCCGAGGAAACACAAAGUUCAGUAAAGAGCCGGUUAGGUCACUGCAUGAGUGGGCUGUGCGGGGCUGGUUCAUCUUUCCGUAUCCAGGGAGGAUCAGUCUUCAGGUCUCCGGGGUGGACACAGCCUCCUGAGGGGAGAUGCCGUCUACUCGGGAGCAACAUCUAAGAAAGGGACAAAGGAAGGGCCUUUAGGAAGCUCUCAAAUGGCCUGCCUGUAAUAGAGCUGUAUUUCCUGCUCAUUUCCGGAGCCCGGAGCAGGAGUCCUAGGGACCUACAGCCUUGAGCUUCCUGAGCACAGCUCAGGGCACACUGCUGAGGCACUGUGGGUAGGCAGUGGGAGUGGUGAUGGAGCCCCUUACUGUGAGGGAUGUGCACAUGCCCAGGAAGCCUGGCAGGCUGUGGAGGUUAAACAGGUUCCGUCUCUGAGGGAAGCUGGGGAGCGGUAGCAGAGGAGACCCCACCACCGCAGGGUGUAAUCCCGGCGUGGCUGAUACGCCACAGUUUAGGUUUCUGUAAUGUAUCACAUACUGUGAUUGAUGCAAGGACAGGAUCGGGAGAGAGCCUGGGAGCGUUCCUAACAAGGCUCCACUUUUAGAAGUGGUACAGACAUACAAAGGUGUGAAUCUGAGACCAAGUGAAAUAAGCAACCAACUGCCCAGAGGUAUUGGAAAGCAACCAGAAGCAGGUAGCAGCGGAAGGAUGUCAUCUUUGGAAAGAAUCUGCUGGGUUAGAUUCCGGGCCAUGUGUCUGCACCUGUGAGUAAGUCCUUGAGGCAGGGGAUGGCUAGAAACCACGUCGUGAUAAGAUGAGUUUAUCCCCUGAAUACAAGUUGAUUUUAUCAAUAUAACCUACUAAAUGAGAUAAAGGGAAAAACCUUUAUCUGCACACAAUUCAUUGACAAAAUUCAACAUUCAGAAAACUAAGAAAAAUCUAAUUAGAUUGAAGGUCUUUCUUAAGAAAACAUCCUAAUAGAAAAGGUUAGUGAGGGAUGGUGUUGCAAGCCUUUAAUCCUAGGACUUGGGAGAGAGGCAGGAGGAGGAGGAUCACUGCAAGUUCAAGGCCAGCUUGAUUUAUAUAUAGUAAAACCCUGUUUUCAAAACUAAGGGCCUGUGAGAUGGCUCUUUGGGUAAAAAGAAAGAUAACAAAGUGAAAAGAGAAAGUAUCUGCAAAUAAUACACCCUAAAACGUGUAUCUAGAUGUACAUUAUAGAGUCAACUCUUAGAACUUGAAAAAGGCAACCCAACUCAAACUGGGCUAAGAACCGAGACGCACAAAUGGCCGAUGAGCACACAGAAAGACGACCUACACAGCGCUAGCAUAUCCACACAACUGGACCUGGGCAGCACACUGGCACACUCACUGGAAAGGGACAGAAAUAUCGGUUUCAGUGAGGACGUGGGGAUGCUGGAACCUGUGUACGCUCAGUGUAGAAUGCCGCAGCCCUGUGCAAACAGCCCCUGGUUGGGAAUGGCAAAAAGGUCAAGGAGGCUGAUAGAAGCAGGCUGGGACUAGCUGUACGCCUGUAUGUGUGACUGAGACCUAGGAUUCUACUUUAACCAGGGUAAGUUCAAGAUAGUCUAUCAGGGGUUGUGAUGGUUUGAAAAAUGACCCCCAUAGGGAGCGGCACUAUUAGGAGGU